AUGGACUCAGUCGUCAGCGCCGACGCUCCUCAUUCUCGGGAUGAAAAGACUUGGGUGCAGCUUCAUCACUGGGCCGACUCGACCACAAAAGAAUGGUCUAAGCAGAUCAAGGCGGCGAUGACACGAAAGCAGCGCUGCGAGUAUAUGUCGCGUCUGCGUGGUUUGAAGAAAAACAAGCUUCUACAGCUGCGAGAUGAACAGCAACAACUCGAAGCCGAAGUGAAGAAAUGCCUGGCGACUAUGAACUGUGAGGAUAGCUCUUCUAGUGAACUGUGUUAUGCAGUACAUUGCCUUGCUCUCGAGUGGGAUUCUCUACGUACGGAGAACGUGGAACUGAUGAAAGAGAUACAUCGACAAGAGCGCUUUCAGUCUCUAGUUCAAGCUCAAACUAUUCGGGUAUUCGCGGACGCGACAAAAGACAGCGACACCAGCUUUGCAAACGUUUAUCCAGCAAGUAAAUCGUCGCUUUGGGGCCCUACACCUCACGACGACGAUGGCUGGCGUGUCAAGUUUCCGAAUGGAGAACCGACUUUCCACUUCCACCCGUUCUCCGAAGCCGAAUUCAACAAUGUCAUGCAAAACUGUGAUAAUCAGUUUUACUCCAAGUCAUCGGUUGCUGGGCAUUUGUUCGGCUGGACGGUGUAUCACGCUCCACUGAUGAGGAGACUAGACAACUCUCUAGUUGGCCGCGUUCAGCUGUCUGCUCGAAUUUGUUGCUCGUUCGAUGAUGCCGAUGCUGCUGUUUCCUCGUCCAAAUUGCACCUGUGGCCGCUUGCGUUCACGCCACCGAACUGGAGUUACAGCCAGCGAUCUGGUGUCAGUAUUCAAGUGCUGCAGUCGUUUGCAGUGGACGCUCAUGUGCUGGUGUGCAACAUUCCUGGUCCAGUCAACACCCGCUACUUCCAGUUUGCCAGACGGCAGCUGCAGGUUGAAGGCAAUGGUAAACGUUCAUUCACAAGCUCUCUCGUGCUGGCUGACUCGAAGGAGAAUGUACGCAACCGAGCUGCUGAAGAACCACAUCCAGACGUCAAGUGGGUCAACGAAGGAGGUGCGCGUAUCAAGUUCACAGAGGUUGACGACGCCACAAUCGAUGUCCACUGUGACACGUGGGCUAGCUGUGAAGACGAACUGCAUGCUCGAAAUCUUUUUAUAUACUGGGCUCAGUUCGCUUGUCGCUGGUCUCAAUGGAUGAUGGCCUCGAAACUGGUCGAAGCAGGAGAUUAACAGCGGCAUUAAGAAAUUGUACUACCUCACUAUAAUGCAACAUCCAGCUUUUGAUGUUAAUACAUUUCCCCUUCAU